ACGGACUGAAAUCUCGUAUUCAACGUGAUCUGACGUGGAUGUAAACCAAUGGCGAAAACAACACAUGAGGCCGAUAAGGGGUCUCAAAGCAGUAAAGUGUUUCGGGCGUUGGAUGGCUAGAUAUUCAAGAAUAUGUGUGUGUACAAUGGGGCUUAUUCUGUCCCUACUUGCACUACUCCCCAGUUUGAGGCAAGCUACUUUAACAUCACCAGCAAAACUUCCUCGCCGAUUUUUCCCAGCUGGAUCAGCGGUUAUAGACUUUCCUUAUGGAAACAUGAAUCCCAUAGUGGACCUCCUACAGAAAGAAGAGAUACUAUUUGUAAUGUAUUAUGCUCCUUGGUGUGCCCAGUCUGUUAGUGUUAGAGAAGAAUAUCAAAAGGCAGCUAAAUAUUUGAUUGAUAAGGUAAAGUUUGUUGGCGUGAACUGUUGGUGGCCUGAGGGAAGCUGUCGGAAUACUUAUAAAUUUCUCAAGUAUCCAGAAUUAUAUGUUUAUCAUACCAAUCUAGAUGGCUUCAAAUUUAAUGGUAUUCCCACAGCUGAUGAACUUGUUAGAUUUGUAGAAGAUAUUUUAUAUCCAAUCACCUUAUUACAUUCUGUCGAGGGUAUUAAUAACUUUUCAGCUUUACAUGAUAAUGUUGUGAUUGGUAAUUUUGAUAUGUCAACCCCAACACCGCCAGGGUACAAAACCUACUAUAUAUCUGCUAUGAAGAUGAUUGAGUGGAAUCAUCUUCAGCCAGUAAAAUUUAGUAUAGUCAAUAAACCAUUAUUGUCACAGCUAUUGGGAAUGAAUGAUACCAAACAGUUUGUUAUACUCAAUUUAAAUGGAUCAUUUAUUUAUCCAACAAAAAAUAAUUUUACUUCUGACAGUAUUGUCAAGUGGAUUAAUGAACACAGGUAUGAGAACUUAGUGAAAUGGAUAUCAGUACCUGGACACAAGAGUCUUCAAUUAUCUACACAAUUAAACCGGGGACCAGUUUUAAUGGUCUUUGCUCCAGUGAAUAGGCUGCACACAGUGGACUUCUAUUAUCUCAUAUUGAGAGAAUUAGUAUUACAGUACAGAAACUGUCAUAACAGAACAUUUAUCAUUUUAUUGGAAGGUUUACUGAGACGAAAGAGAGAACACGCUAUGAAAUCAUUGGUGCUACCCAAAGACUGCCUUCCUCCUUAUGUUAACAACCUGUCAUGUUGUGUAUCGUUACACCGCCAAAAACAUAUUUGUGAACUUUGUAAACGAACGUUUGAUUAUCAAGUCAAAGACAGUUGUCAAUUUUCGCCAUCUGAAGAAGACAUUCCCAAAAGAGGAUUUGGAAAUUAUAGAGCUCCAUCUUGUUUGGAUUCUUAUCAACAUUAUAAUGUGAAUGAGUAUCGGACGUUGAUAUGUAAACAAUGUGAUACUUUAUCUAGUCAUUCCUGUACCAUCAGACGUAGUUCUGAUCCUUAUGUAAAUAAACUUGUCAAUAAUUUUUCAAGGUCAAAAUGUAAAAGACUGUCCUUCCAGAAAUCACUGUACCUUGAUUCGGAACAGAAGAUCCAUAGUUCUGACAUUGAUCGGGAUUCAGUGACUCAUGAAUUUACGGGUUUUAAAUGUCACAGUAAUAAAACAGUGAAUGUUGUGUUAUUAGAUAAAAACAAACAUCAGGCAUUUUUAGACAGACUAGGUACAUAUGUACCAAAUGAGAGUAAUAUUUCAGUAUCUGUGAUUAUUGAUAAACAAAAUGAAGUCCAGCAUUUUCUAAGGCAGCCAUUUACUAAGCUUAAUAUUGCCAAUUUUGUAAUUAACUUUACCAGAGGUGACCUUCCUCGUCACUUGAGGUCAGAGGUUACCAGUGGGUCAUGUGUAAGUGAGGUGUGUGUGUCUGAGGCUACAUCAACAACAUUCAAUAGUGAUGUUAUGGAGGAAGAUAAGGAUGUGAUGAUGCUUGUUUAUUCUCCAUGGUGUGGAUUUUGUGCCAGUUUUGCUCAUAUUUACCUGAGUCUUGCAAGAUAUUUUAAAGCAGCCAAAAAUAUUAUAUUUUCAAGAAUAAAUGGAGACAACAAUGAUUUACCAUGGCAGUAUACAAUAGAUAGAUAUCCUACUUUACUGUUUUUCCCAGCUCACAGGAAAGCCGAGAGUGUUAAGUAUCCCGAGACAUUACCACUGACUUUACCAAACCUGAUCAAGUUCGUAUUACAUCAUACAACACACGAUCUCAGGAUGGACACAGCAGUGGAUGUCUGUACAAAGUCAUGUAUUGAGAAAAAUCUACGCAGAGUAUCAGAGGCUAUCGUCCUUAACAUAAAGAGAAGACAACUGUUACAAAACCAUAUAGAAAAACUUAAACUUCAGUAUAAAACCAGACAGACUUCAGUUAGAUUUAAAUCAGGUGUCAAAGUUUUAAGUAAAAGACUAAAGAAAAUUGACAAGCAGUAUAAAAAUGCUUUUAUUUUGUUAAAAUUUCUUAAAAGCUCGCAAAAGAUCUUAGAUAAAGACAAAUUAAAAAAUGUAUUAGAAAGUAAAAAUAAUAUAAUAAUUGAAAAAGAUCUUUCUCUGAGUUCUGUAGUCAGAUAUGAAGUGCAUGAUGAAUUAUGAUAUAUAGAUUAUAUUAAUUAAAUUCUAUCUAAAUGUGAUCAGACAUGAGAGAGGUUCAAUUUAGAUGGAAUGGUCACCUUCCUCUCCUGAUUAGAUUUGUAAAGUCUCAAUCAUUGACUACAUUUAAGCCUGCCAGAAUCACUUGAUUUGUUCAUCAGUAUAGAGUGAAAGAUUUACAAGAUUUGUGCAAUAAUGAAUCUGAUAUGAGUUUGGAAUGAUUUUAUUAAUUGUAAAUGAUCAGACGAUAUACCCACAUUAGUCAUAGAGGAUUUAAUAGAUUACCUUAAUAGAUGAUCGUGGAUAAGGGAUUUUCUCAGAUAAUUUGCUCUCUAAGGAGAAAUUCUUUUAAUUAAGUAUAAUCAGUACCUCCAAUGUCGAUUAUUUUACAUAUCAUUUAGUAUUACAUGUAUAUUAAGAGUCUUCCAAGAUUAACAACAAUUUUACUUUCUCGGAAUUGUAAUUGAAAACCUCUCCUACGUUUAAAAGUAUAUAAUCAUUUUCAGUUCGGAAAUUGGCAAAUUAUAUCAGAUUUCUUCAACUAAGAUUUUGUACACUUAGAAAAGUAAAGAUCUUCAAUUGAUGUAAGUGAUUUUGUUCAUCCAUCUGCAUUUUGCAGUAGAAAUUUGUACAAAUUACUCCUUGAACCACUUACAGGAUUAUCUUGAAACUUUCAGUAAAUCUUCAUUACCUUGUAGCCAUGUAAACUCCAGUUUUCCCAUUGAAAAAACAAUGUUAUCCUGUUCUUGACCGCUGUAUCACUUGAUAGCCAAUUUGUUUGACCAUUAGGAUUAUAAAUUGUACAUAAUAGUACUUGUUGAUAUUAUCAAUAACUUGUUUAUGUAUAAAUGUGUGAAAUGAAGGGUAAAUAACUUUUUUUGGACAAAAAACCAAAACUGGCAUUAGUUCAUUUUGUAAAUCAUUCAUGUUUUCUCAUUGCAAUAUUUUACUUGCAUAUGGACAAUCAAGCCUGACUGUGACUGUCUGAAUGUUUGUGAAAGUGUGUGUGGGUUGCUUGUUAUCAUACAACACAUUGUGUAAGAGUAAAUCUUUUUCAGAAAAGGAAAGUAUAUACGUCGAGACAAAUUAAAAAAGAAAAAUCAAUUCAUGCCAAAUAUUUGUAAAUUUUUAAAAAGUGUAUUUACAAAAAGUAUCUAUUUUGCUCAUUAUUGUCAUCUGCCAAAAUGUAUGGUUUAUUACUGUGUUUUAUGAAUAAUUCUUAAAAAAAAAUAUGGUUUAUUAUUGUCUUUUAUGAGUAAUCAUUAAAAAUUGGAAAGACCUGCUUUUAAUCCAGAUAUUUUAGUUCACCUGGCUGGAUAGGACAGACCUAUUGCCAAUAUUAAGAUUCCAUCUAUCCCAGCUGCAAGCAAGCUAAGAUAAAUCCUAUCUUCUAAAACUAGGAAAUCUAUACACCAACAGACUGACAUAAAAAGAACUUUACCUUUCAAAUUUACCAGCAAGUUGCCAAAAUAAUUAGAUAUUUCUUGUAUAAGUAUUUGUUUUUUGGGUGUAAGACUGUGUUGACAUAUAUGCUUAAAAAUUCUUCUGACUUUAAUAUCUAUAUUUCAGUGGCUGUUUUAAGGAAAGCGUAUUGCCAAAGUAUAUUCUUUAGUUUAUAAUUUUGCCUUUUCACAGUUUCAGCAAACUGAUCUGCACCACAAAAUCUUUGACAUUUUUUAUUCUAUCGCUUUCAUGGAAAUAAGCGAUGACUUUCACAAUAAAAUUUCCCCAAAUAUAUUGUUCACUUCAAACCCCUUCAGUUCUUUUAAAAUAAACCAUUCAAAUGAUCUUUAUUGUUUGGUUACAUGGACCAUACUGAUUUAUUUUCAUAUAACAUAUUAGAUGAAUAGCAAUCCUCAAUCAAUAAAUAUACG